AUGGCGAUGGGAUGGAUUUGGUCACAGAUUAAAAAAGCAAUGGGAUAUGGAAAUCGUCAAACAAGUUCAGAUGUUACCUCAAAUUCAAUAUCGCACAAUGACGUUAUAACAACUUACCAUUACUAUCAUCAUCAUCAUCAUCAUGAAUCACCACCUCAGAUUUUUCGAGAAGCUUGUCCUUUUUGCCGGCAACCAUAUACCAAUAAAUCAAUUGGUACUACCAACGAAGAAACGUUUAGAAGUAGACGCCAUAGCAGUGAUCCAUUUCUAUCACAUGUCAAACUACCUCCUAAUAUCUGUGAUUCAAAAACAUAUUCUGGAAACAAAUGUGUUCUUGCAAUGGAAGGUUUAAGAGUGAAAUCUACCCUCAGCCUAGAUUCUGCUACCAGUUCAGAACUGAAUUGUUUUAGAUCUUUUCCUCAAUAUCCAACACGACACAAAACCAAGGAAGAAUUUUUGUAA